AUGCAAACAGGAACUAAGAUAGUCCUUGUUUUAUUUACCAUUGCAGCAGUCAACUCUCAAAUCCCUUGGAAGGGCGGGGUAAAGUACCUCAUCAAUCCACCGGGAGGUGGAAAAUUCACCGUCUUGGAACGCCCACAGCCGCGUCCCCCAACCAGGAAUUACCGUGGGCCGGGAUGGCAGCGGGACGUCCUUAUGGAGCAUGACACUGUUAACAAGAAAGACUCACCCCCAGACCCUCUGAGUUUGGAUAAAUUUGUGGAAAAACCUACAGGACGGUGGUGGCUGGAUUCGCUGGCGAGGCUGCUUCACAACCAUCCCCUGCAUUUGACGAAGUACGUGAGGGAGAUAUCAAUUCCCACAAAGGAAUCCCUCAACUUUGAGACGCCCCCGCGACUGCUCAACUUCCCAAGAUCACAUCGGCAGGCCUCCGUUGAGACAGGGAGCUGGCCGAUUUACGACCAAGUUUGGGCCGUCCACAAACUUCGUCGACUUCUCAGUAGUUAUCGUCAGUGGUUUUCCCCACGUCAAUGGAAGCAGUUCCUUCAGAAGACGCCCUCUCAGCCCCAAUUAACCCAAGAAAAACAAGAAGAAUCUGUUCAUCUAGAACUUCUGGAAGCAGCCGUGACAGGAGUGAGAAUGGCUCUGGCUGAAUGCCAAUAUCAAUUCCGGGGUGAGCGUUGGAAUUGCAGUGAGGUGCUCUCGGAUAAAAACGCGCUUUUUGGCAAUGUUCUACUCAAGGGUGUUCCCGAAACAGCGUUCGUCUACGCUCUGGUGAGUGCGAGUGUGGUGCGCGCAGUCUCGGAGGCGUGUCUGACUAGCCUCCGCAACUGUCCGUGCAACAAUCGCGGGCGAGAGACACACGAGGAAAGAGAUCGCGACGUCGUGAACUGGCAGUGGCAGGGGUGUGAUCAUAACAUUCAUUAUGGAAGGAAAUUCGGUCGACGCCUACUUGACCCACUGGAGACUGGGGGAUUCCACAUUCGAUUCCUCAUGAACCUGCAUAAUUAUCGAGUUGGUCGAAGGGUAGUCGCGGAGAAUAUGCAGCGGUACUGUAGAUGUCAUGGAACAAGCGGAUCCUGUACUCUAAAGACAUGCUAUCGACGGACACCCUCGAUGCGUCUCAUUGGAAACGAACUGAAGGCAAAGUAUGAAAAGGCAGCUCAAGUUAUGAGAGAUAACACUCUACCAAUGAACUUGGACCAUCACACCUCCAGAGAUUUCAGCAGGGGGAACUCGAUUAUCCAAUUGAACCGAUGGAACAACCAGCGCACUCUUCGCGAGGUCGAUCAUAAUUCACUGCUUUACCGAAACAGUGCCCUUCCACGACAGCCGUCCCUCCUCAAGGUCAGUUUUGACCGGUCGGGACACGACCAGCGGCCCACGACUCAGGAGUUGGUCUUCUACGAGCAGCCCUCGCCGGAGCUCUUCUGUGACCCCAACCCCCACCUGCACAUCCUGGGCACCCGGGGCCGAGCCUGUAACUCAACGUCCCCUGGGAGGGACAACUGUCGCUCCCUCUGCUGCAGUCGGGGCCACAGGACCCACCGCUACUACGGCCUCGAAAACUGCGAAUGCAAAUUUAUCUGGUGCUGUCGUGUCGAGUGCCAGAAGUGCUUGGUGCUCAAGACACAAGAAACAUGCAUGUAA